AUGGCCCCCAAAUCUCCUCCAACCAUCACAGCAAGCCCAAGGGUCAUAUCCCUCCUCGACAAGCUUCACAGCCAGUCACAGGCGCAAGAAAGCACUCUGUCAAUGUACACGUUUUGGAUAGUAUACUUACUCAAAUCAUUCUUUUUCGGCAAUUUCUGGUCCAAGAAGAACGAUGACUAUAUGAGGGACAAGUUCAUUGCAUUGGAACGGGAGAAAUGCGAAUUCAUCUACCUCCUAGCCCGAACUAUUGGGGCACGGUAUAUCGUUGAGGCAGGCACCAGCUUCGGAGUAUCAACGACGUAUCUGGCCUUAGCUGCGGGUCAAAAUGCGCACACUCAAUCGGCGAGACUUGAGGCCAAGGUCAUUGCAACAGAAAAGGAGGCCAGCAAGGCAGCAAAGGCGAGAGAGAAUUGGCGAAUAGCCGGUCAGGAGGUCGAGCCGUGGAUAAAACUACUGGAAGGGGAUCUGUUAGAAACAUUGCCGAAUGAACUGAACAAUAUGGAUUCAAUCGAUAUGCUUCUUUUAGAUAUAUGGACACCACUUGCUCUUCCGACGCUGCAGUUGUUAAAGCCUAAGCUGCGCCCAGGAGCAAUUGUUAUCACUGAUUUGACACAAAUCGCGAGGGGUCUUUACAAGGAGCUUUUGGAUUACAUCCAUGACCCGAAAAAUGGCUUUCGGACAAUGACCACGCCGUUCAGUGGAGGACUAGAGAUGACUGUAUACCUACCUGAAUGUUGA